UACACUUCUGUCUCUCCAGUUCUGAACACCCUGGACGGUGAAUUCAAGGGAAAGUACUACCCCCUGAAUAAGAUGACCAAUGCCGAGCAGGAGCAGCUUAUCGCUGACCAUUUCUUGUUUGACAAGCCCGUCUCCCCACUGCUGCUGGGCGCUGGUAUAGCCCCUGACUGGCCCGAUGCAAGAGGAAUCUGGCAUAACGAUGCCAAGAGCUUCUUUGUCUGGAUGAAUGAGGUUCACCUGCGUGUCAUCUCCGUGGAGAAGUGCGACAAUAUGAAGGAGGUCUUCAGACGCUUCUGCGUUGGUCUGAGAAGGAUGGCGUGGACACUGCCUCCGUGGGUGGAGUGUUCGACAUCUCCAACGCAUGGCGCUAGGAAUCAAGCGGUACAAUGACGCCAACCAACCUGCGUGUAGUGGAGAUAUUUUUCUUCUUUCAUUCUGCCUCUUCUCUCUCUCUCCUUUGUCGUUCUUCUGUUUUUUACUUUCAUUUUCUUCCUUAUGCCAAUCUUUUCCACUUCUUUCCUGUUCAGUCGGAAACAUCCUGGUAUCCGCCUCCACCAAAGUUGGGUUUACCUGACAGACGUGAACAUUACAUUGGUUGUAAAAAGUUAUAAUUGAAAGUUAUCAUUGAAACUGUGGUCCAAUAAACCUAUUACCAUGAACCAAUACA